CUGUGUGGCUUGGCAUCGACAUUUCAUCUACCUAUACAAGCUUGUGCAACUAAUCAUCAUUGUCACCCACGUGCGCUGCCUGCGAUGAUCAUCGACGAGAACAAUAAACAAAUGGAAUGCAAAGUGUAAGAAAAAAAAAAAAAUAAGGAUCAUCGAUGCAACGAAGACACAGAGAGUCCAGAGUCCAAGAAACAAAUCUAAGAAGGUACCAAAUUCUUCACCGGCACAGGACUGAGGUAUCUAAGGACAGUUCCUUAGACCUGAAAGGAAGUACAGGAAACACAGACAUGAAUCAUAUACAAACUUACAGAGAGUUCUGACGAAAGAGUAAGAUCAGGAAUUUGAAGAAACCAUGACUAUUUCCUCAAAGUGUAACGUGAGUAAAGUAGUAAUGUGAACCUGUGAAUUGUAGACGGUUUUCACGUGUAUCAAGGGGUAGUAGAUCAGUAUGCACUGGCGUACAUGGGUUUGACGUGUAAGAGUGAGAGCGAGUGAGACAGAAGGAUCCAGAGUGCAGCGAUGAGUGCGUCUGAUUGAAGAAGAAGACAGUGGGUCCAUUUGGAGAUGGCAGUGCGACAUGUAUCGCAGACAGUAACGUACUCUUCUGAUGUUAUAGGGAAAGCAGAACUCGAGCUCGUCACUUUGGAAGAUAAGGCGUCUGACUUUAUUAAUACCACGCACCAGUGGACGUCAGUCUUUAAAGCGUUGAGAAAGAAGGAAGGAUGUGGCAGCGGUUUCCGCGGUGAUCUACUCAGCCAGUGUGAUUUUUAUUCUGAUUGGAGUGCUGUGUGUCAGGAGCGAAACAUAAAGAGAUAAGAAGAACAUGGACAGGACGUAUCAUGCGAUGGAGCAGAAGAGUCUUCUUGACUUGGGACUGUGCAGGACACGCAGAGGUUUGGCGAAUUGCAAUUGGCUACCGGAAGACCUCAGGAAGAGUAUCGUUAAUCUUGGCCCAGAGGAACACGAGCAUCCUAUUCUAGACUGGUUGAAACAGAUACGGUUUACUUGUGCUGGUGACUUUAAUGAUAUCAGCGAAUUCGGUAACUUCAGGAACGUCAUAGUUGUCGACCUCGAUCUCGAAGACCUUUUAAGAGAUAUGGACGGUACGCUUCGAGCUAUUAACUGCAGUUGUUAUGUGGGCGACGAUGAAAAAUGCAAAGUGGAUUUUUCUCAGGAUGGUCAUGCCUGUGGAGGUGUCGCAGAUGGUAAUCAGUGUCAUAAAGGUGUCGUAGAACGUGUUUCAGGAGAUACACAGUACGUAGAAUGCAAUGAAGAUGUUUGCAAGGCUAUUGAGAGACGCAGUACUACGUCAGAUUCUGAUUCGUCUAGUCAGACUAGUUUGGAUUUACCUGUCGAGGAUCUUCCCCAGGACGAGUCCGACGACUCGGUUGUAUUACGCUCAGGGAGAGCCUUAAGUGCUAUUUCAGAAGUGUCCGAAGAGAAUUUCACAGAGCAUUCAGAGUGUCAUAGAAGAUAUAACGUUAAUUCUAUUUUCGAUGACGGUCUGAGAGUACCUGUACCACCGACACGCAGGAGAACACGAAAAUCAUUGCCUGCGAAACUUGGUGCUGAGUCAGAAAAGAAAUCCGAAUAUUCGUCAAGCCACGACGCGGAAAAUCGACGGUCUUAUGUGGAUGGCCUUAAGACUUCUGCAAUUGAUAAGGAUAUUUUUGGAGAAACGCCUGAACGUCUUUUUCGUAGCCUCGUUGACAUUCCUCAGGCAAUAAGAACAGAGUACGACGAUUCUCAAGACUUUCUGCUCAUUGAUCGUGUCUGUCGCAGUACUAAACUCAAAAGGUGCAGAAAAAACGACCAUCCUGGUUACGGGACGUAUCCUGUUGUCCAGAGACGAUACAGGAAGUCACUUGUUGAUAUCUCUGCCGGUUCCGAUAGUUAUUUCUGCAAAGCGGAUGAAUUGCCAAUGGAUGAUUACAGACAAUUUUUAAGAAGUAUGACUGAUCCUGAUAAUACUGCUCAGGGUACUCUUGAAAUAGUGACGGAAGUGGAAUCUGGACAUUUAAAUAAUGAAGAUGCUGAAAGUGUACGUAGUAAAAGAAGCAUCGAGGCUUUUGAUGAAGCUAAUAGCGUGGAAGUGGAAACUGAUAAUGAACGUAUGAUCAUUGAUAAAGAUGGUUUGAAUAAGAGUAAUUCCCUGGAUACGGUUGAUGACAGUGAAGUUGAAGUUUUUCAGCCUGGGAAUUUUGUGAGUGAAGCUGAAACGAAGGAGAAGUAUGCAAAUUUAGAAACAAUGGAUACGGCUAUUGUGAAUAUUAAUAAUGAUGGGUUAGGUAGGCCAAAUCCUCUGGAUCCUGUGAACGUUGAUAAUCCAGAUGUCGAAGUCUUUGACACUGUUGAAUCUAUGUCUGCACCAAAAACCUAUAUCGAUAAUAAUGGUUUAAAUAAACCAAAUCCAUUAGAUAAUGUUGAAUUAUAUUCUAAGGAAUCUGUGAUUGAAUACAUUGACGAUGAUGGCGUUGAAGAACCAAAUGCUUUGGAUUCUGUUAAUUCUGAUUUCGAGUUACUUCCAUCCAAAAUCGUUGAGCAUAUUGAUGAAGAUGGUCUGGAUAAAGAAAAUCCUUUAGAUAAUGUUAAUACAGAUGUUGAAUUAUUAUAUUCUAAGGAAACUGACGUUGAAUACAUUGACGAUAAUGGCGUUGGAAAACCAAAUGCUCUGGAUUCUGUUAUUAAUUCUGAUUUCGAGUUACUUCCUUCCAAAGUUGUUGAACGUCUACAUAUUGAUGAAGAUGGUCUGGACAAAAGAAACUUAUUAGACAUUACUAAUACGGAUGCGGAUGUUGAACUUAUUCAACCUAAAAGGAUUUUCCACUUGGAGAGUGCAGUAAGGAAUUUAAAAAACGUAGAAGAACCGGAAUCAGAGUCUGUGGAUGUCGAUGACAUUACGGAUAAAUCAAAUUUUUCUUUGAAUGAUGUUAAUGAGGAUAAAAAAUUAGAAAAAUCUAAUACUACGGAUAAUACUGUUAUACAUAGAUUUAAAAAUAUGGAAUUGUCCUCAGAAGCAUAUUUCAACAAUGAUCUCUUCAGAACAAAUUCUAUGGAAACAGAGCAUGAUCGUGAUGACACUGAAAUCAUUACCACAGAAGCUGAUGGACUUGCGAAGCCCAAUCCUCUGGAAAAGAAUUCACCAGGUUCCGAUGAACAUGAUCUCAUAUUUGAAAGUUUUGAAUCGGACAGAUCAUUUUAUUCUGCCCUGGACAAAGCCUCUAGAUCAGACUGCGAAAGUUGCCCUGAGAGCUUACCUGUUUUAGAAGAACACAGUGAAAAGAAAAAUUGGUCCACAGCUGACGAGGAUGAGGAUAUGGAAACGAUGGAAGCUCCCAAGGUUGCUGAAAGGCUUUACGUGAAUUUUCCUUUAAAGGGAAAUACAGAAAAUCCUGACUUAACGACAUCAACCCCAAAUAAGCCAAUAAGAAAACGAGCAGCUGCAUUGAAAGACUUUGACUCUGGAUAUUCACCAUCUGCCUCGAGGAAGGUGUACGAAGAUCUGGUCGAUGCACGAAUAAGAUUUCGCGAAAGGAAAGGGUCCAUGUCGAGUGACGUAGUUCACUGGAUGAACAGUCUUAUGAGUAGCGUAUUAAAUGACAAAUAUGAGAACGACGAAGAUGUCGUCCAGUGGUUCUCUUCAAACGAUGCUGAAGGGAAGAUCUACUUCUUUGAACAAAACAGUAAUGAGUCUUCCUGGGCUUUACCCUCCAUAAGAAUCACUGGUACCGAGGAGUCCAGUGCUAAGUCAGGAAUUUCAACGAGUUCAGAGUUCAAGAGUAAUGCCAUCCUCACCAGUCAAGAUGUGGAAGUACGAAAUGGCUCUAGUGCUGAUCGUGUUCGAGUUGGUAAAACUCGUAGCAUGGUUCUUAUCAAUCAAAGCGCAAUUUCUCGUGAGCUUGCAAGCCGGAAGUCAGGUUCUAUUCCACGUGAUUGGCCACAGCUCUUCGAUGGCAAUAUGUGUGUUCUCAAGGAAGGUUCAAUAAACAGGACGAAAAUCACGGAGAAUGGAAAGAAGCUGCGAAAAAACUGGAGCACCUCGCACGUCGUGCUCACCGAGUUAUUCCUCUUAUUUUUCAAAGAUGCCAAAACAUUUGCUGCAAUGAAAACGGGACAGUCAGCAUCUGCCAAACCCGACAUUUCGGUAGACUUGAACGGCGCCUUGGUAGAGCCUGGUGAAAGAGCCAGUAGUCGUAAGAAUGUUUACAUUAUUAGUACCGUCCUGGGACUGCAGGUGCUCAUUCAAAGCGACAACGCGACCAUCGCCAACGAGUGGUAUCAAGAGAUACACUCAGCCAUUAGUCGCCUGCCAUCUGGUUUUGAAACGCAUAGCAAAAUGUCGACCAGCUUAGAUAGUCAACCUGGUGGAAAACACUUCCUCGACGCCAGCUCCCCGGAGGAGAGCAAGAGGUUUGCGAAAAUUGGACGUUCGAGAUCAGUAAAAAUUAAACGACCCGAUGGAUCCUUGGAGGAUUUGAGUGGAACUGCUGCAGAAAGGCAAACGAGGAUAAAGGCAAAGCUGCGGCGAUUUUUUCAAAGGAGGCCGACUAUGGAUUCACUCGUGAAGAAUGGUAUUUAUAAAGACGAACCUGCGUUUGGUUCUUAUCUGAGCGACGUAUGCCCAGCCGAGCCGCCUAGAAUCCCGCGCUUUGUAAAGGCCUGCAUCGAGGUUCUGGAGAAUAACACAGAGAACAUGAAGACAGAUGGACUUUACAGAGCUAGUGGAAAUCUCAGUCAGAUACAAAAAAUACGAUUGCAAGUGGAUCAGAACAAUUUUGAUGUUCUUACUCAAGAGGAGGACGUACACGUUCUCACCGGAGCGCUUAAACUCUUCUUCAGAGAGCUCAAAGAGCCUCUUAUACCAUUUGCAUUCUUCGAGAGGGCUUUGAAUGCAAGCAUGUCUAAGAAGAGGUUGGAGAAGAUUCAGUGCUUCAAAGAAAUCGUGAAAGCUCUGCCACCUGCUAAUCACGACACGUUGCAGUUUCUCUUACAGCAUCUUCUCAGAGUAACGUCUUAUCAGGAAUACAACCGUAUGCACAUACCAAAUCUGGCGAUAGUGUUUGGACCCACCCUAAUGUGGCCUGCUGAGGAAAGCGCAAAUAUGGCUCUGGACCUCAUGCAGCAGAAUUUAGUGAUAGAAUGCCUUUUGUCUGACUACGACAGAAUCUUUAAAUAAGAAUGUCAAGAACAAAUACCAAAUAGCUGCUGUUAUACCAGCUACAGCCCCAAGAAAUCCCACAACAUUAAUAUUCCUCAAAGUGAGCGUUGUAUGCCAUGUAUCAAGAGAAUCUUUGGCUUUGACCCAAUGGAGAUG